AUGUCAGAUCCGAAUAAUAUUGGUAGUGACAUAAUAAGUUUUUAUCGUGGGAAAAGUAUUUUUGUGACAGGAGGUACAGGUUUGAUGGGUAAGGUAUUGGUUGAAAAAUUAUUAAGAACAUGUCCUGGAAUAAAUAAAAUAUAUUUAUUGAUGAGACCGAAAAAAGGAAACGAUGUCAACACAAGACUAUCAGAACUCAUUAACACAAGAAUUUUUGAUGGGAUACGAAAAACACAUCCGGAAACAAUGAGUAAAUUAAUAUCCGUUGCUGGAGAUAUAACGGCUCCAAAUUUAGGAUUAAAUUCAUCCGAUGUUAAAAUUCUAACGGAAAACGUUUCGAUUGUUUUUCAUUCUGCUGCCACGGUUAAAUUUGACGAAUCAUUAAAAGAAUCAGUCGCUAUGAAUAUGAAUGGGACAAAAAGCGUCGUACAACUUUGUCAAAAAAUGAAAAAUUUAGAAGCUUUGGUUCACGUUUCGACAGCUUAUUGUAAUUGCGAUAAAGAAGAUAUAAGUGAAGUUAUUUAUCCACCUCCAGACGAUCCGGAAAAAAUAAUGAAAUGUGUCGAAUGCAUGGAUAAAGAACUAUUGGAAAAUAUAACUCCACAAAUCAUUCGUUCGAGACCAAACACUUAUACAUUUACAAAAGCACUAGCGGAACAUAUCGUUUUAAAAGAGGGUGUCGGACUUCCGGUUGCCAUCGUCAGACCAUCAAUCGUUACGGCUGCAUGGAAAGAACCGCUUCCAGGUUGGAUUGAUAAUUUAAACGGACCAACGGGUUUAUUAGCUGGAGCGGGUAAAGGAAUUCUUCGUACCUUACUUUGUUACAGAGAAUUAAUUGCGGAUUUGAUUCCGGUCGAUAUAGCAAUUAAUUUAUUAGUCACCGUUGCAUGGCACACUGCUCAAACAAGACCUGACAAUGUACCUGUUUAUAAUUGUACGAGCGGUGGAUUAAAUCCGAUACGUUGGAUGGACGUUGAAACUUGGGGACAUUCUUCUCUAACGACUUUACCAUUUAAUGACGUCAUUUGGUAUCCGGGAGGUAGUUUUAAAAGUUCUAAAAUAAUAAAUAUCCUUUGUCAAAGUUUUUUUCAUUUUAUACCCGCUUACUUAAUCGAUACGGUAUCCGUUUUAAUCGGACGUAAACCAAUGAUGGUUCGAGUUCAAAAAAAAUUUAAAAAAGCAAUAUCCGUUCUUGAAUUUUUCACGACGCACGAAUGGAAAUUUCAUUCGACGAAUGUGAGAAAUUUAUUAUUGAAAUUAAACGAACAUGAUAGGAAAUUGUUUAAUUUUGAUGUUAAACAAGUUAAUUGGAAAAAAUACAUUGAUAAUUACGUCGAAGGAAUAAGACUUUACAUAUUGAAAGAAGAUCCGGAAAGUUCACAUAAAGCUAAAAUUAAUUUAAGAAAAAUGUACGUUCUUCAUAAAAUGACUCAAAUUUUAUCAUUGUUAUUUUUAAUUAAAAUUCUCAUCGGUAGUAAAAUGGAAAUCGUUAGAAAAAUGUGGACUUCGUUAUGGACUAUUAGUUUAUAUCUGGCUCGAUUUAUUUCAAAUUCCAUCCGUUUUUAA